UCUGAGGUGACAAAAAUGCACUUUUCGAAGAUUUAUCCGCAACUUCUCUCUGAUCUACCACCAGAGCUCACAGAGAAUGCAAUUCAAUACAGGCAGCUCAAGAAACUCAUCAAACAAGUCGUCGCGGAACUCAGUUUGGUCGGUCUGAGCCCAACUAUACUACAGGAUCUGUUGGAGGAAACGGUUCAAAAGGUCGAUCGAGAUAUCAAGGGAAGGCGGGAAGAUGAAAAUGGUAGUUCGGCAGUGUCCGACGACGCUGAGGCUCAUAACAGCCACCCACGAGUUGUCUACGAGGUCAACAAUGCGUCGGGCAGAAUCGAACCGAGAUUGCGUAUUUGGAUCACACCACCGUCUUCCCCUCGCCUGGAGGACGUCGAGUCGGUUUCUGUCGGUUCAUCAUCGUCCCAUCUGACGCAUGGCAGUGGUACAGUGGAGUCGGAGGACGUGGAUACGAAUGAGUUACGGGAAGACACGACGUUGGGCGAGGACAAACAGAGUUUGAUAUGGGCGUUACAACGACGAAUGUCGUCGUCGAGGACUCGUCCAUCAUUAGACACUAUCGCGACACACCCUGAACUUGAAGAAAUCGUUAUUCCCCUCGCAUCAGACACUGCUUUCUUUCAAUUGCUCUCAAAGACCCUCAUUUCGCUAUCAAACCGCUUGCUUUCCCUCCACACCAACUUCGUUGACUCUCUCAAAACUUUGGGAAAGGACAUUGGAAGUGUUGCUAGACCGGUCUCAUCGGGGCAUUCUUAUCACCCACAUUCCAUGCUCUCAAACCCCGGGACAAUCAAAAGUCCUUCGUCCUCCGUCAAGAGCGAUCUAUAUUCGUGGCGCGAGAUCUUCCAAAUUUACGUUGAAACCGAGGUAUUUGAGACCGUCAGCGAAGUCAGACGAGGCGAAAAUUCUGUUGAAGAAAGCGAGAGGCGGCUCAAGCUAUUUGCAGGGAGAGUAGCCCAACGAGGGUUAGUAGACGAGCGGGCGUUGAAACUUAAGCAGAGUCGGGAUGCCCUACAGACCUUCUUGGAGCUCAAUAUGUUCAUCUUGAACAUAAAAAAGUUUCAAAUCGCCAAUGCUGAGGCUACUCGAAAGAUUUUGAAAAAGCAUGCAAAGAGGACCGCACUCAAACUACCUAGUGGAGAGUCUGGGUCUGAACCAUCUUCAACAGGCCUGGCUUCCUUUGGGCUGCAGGAAUCGCUCGCUCGUGUUCUUAUGCCGAAAGUUUACCUUCGUGAUCCUCAAGGAUUAGACUCCCAUCACAUGAACACAAAUCCCCUCGACAUGAACACACCUGUGGUGACAUACACUUUCGCUAGCCUUCCUCGCGUCCUGGUACAAGCUGUUGGAGAAACUUUGCUCCCCAUCAUCCCUCAUAUAGACGACUAUUCUUGCGCGAUCUGUACGAACAUUGCAUUCAAGCCCAUCCGACUGAACUGUGGGCAUCUGUUCUGCGUGCGAUGUUUGGUCAAGAUGCAGAAACGUGGUCAAGGGGACUGUCCGAUGUGUAGAGCACCGACCGUACUCGUUGCAGAUAGAUGUUUGCCCUUUCAUUCUCAAAAUUUGCACUUUGCUGACUGAUCAUUUUUCUUUCAUUUUUUUUGCAGCCAAUGUCGAUUGGGCACUUCUCAACUUUAUGACAGACUGGUUUCCUAUCGAAUCCAAAGAAAAGCUCAAACAGAGUGAAAAGGAAGCGAAUGAAGAGCAACUAGUGGAGAUGGGAGUUGAUCCGAACCAGAAGUGUAUCAUUAUGUGAAGCGGAACCUUUGAGGUUGGGUCUUUUUAUAAUUAACUAUUACGAAUCUUUGUGAUAUAUAUCUUUACAGCCCUCUACUAUCAUAUACACGAAUUAUUUCAACUCCCUAUCUCGUCGAUCAACGUUUCAACGACGGCACAAAAUUUCAUUAAUUGCUUAGUAGUCUGGUACCAGGCUGUGUCCAUCUCCCCUACAAACUCCCUUCCCCUCCCCAUUUUCACCAUCCAGUACGCUUUGAUGGCGAGACGCCCCUUGAUUCUCCCAUAUUCGUGCUGGUCACCCUGUCCUUCAUCGGUUCUUUCUCUUUGGUCCUACGCCCGAUCCUCCCGAGUUUGCAUCCACUUGACGAACACUAACGAUAAUUACUCUCAAUAUCGAACCUUAAAACCCGUUCAUCUGGAAAGGAACAUUGUCAUUUCUCUACCUUCGAGCUCACACUUUAGCGAAACGCUUUCAGAAGAGUUCAACAUCGUCUCACUUCGAAGGACCAUUGACGAAGGCGACACCGUCUGUGCUUUGUUGGGGUUAACUUCAAUUAGGCGAAGGAACUUGGAACCACCAUCAGAGAAAACGUGUUUUAUCGGAACGACGAACUCGUUUGACCCGUCUUUCUUCAAAUUUUAUUCGCCGUUCAGCACAUGAACGUGGCGUUUUCCAUAACAACCGAAGGCGAGGGAACCCUUUGGAGGAAAGGACUCGUAUUCGCUUGGCAAAUUUGGAUUAUCGACACAUUGUUCGGAAUCGGGAGGUAGCCGAUCUUAUAUGAGUACAGAGUGCUAGUGCUCAACGGGCUAGAACAAUCUAUGGGCCAGACAUCAUCCUCGUCAACCUCUGUCGAUACCCAUGGAGUUCAGCGUCAAACAAGUCAUCAGAUGCAUCGUUUACCAAAUUCAUGCGCGAUCCAGAAGACUUCACAAAACGCUUCCUACCAUUUAGGUUAUUUAUAAGGAAUUGUUCACCACGCUCACGUAGAUACUUCACAUCAAUCCUGUAUGCAGGCAUUCCAUCCCAAAUCUCAGAAUCGAAGUAAUGGACUCGAGUCAUUCUUCGAUUCAGAGGUCGUUCCAACCUCUAGUUGUGAGUCCGGUUGUUGAGGUUCCAUCUUUCCCCCGAUUCAGGUCGGGUAUACGGCUCGAUUGCUGUGUUCUUCGCCUUGGUCUGCGGGACUUGGCAAUCGGACGACUAUGGGCACUGAUGUCAUGUCAGCGACACAGAUGAAGAGGAUGCGGGAAACUGAAAGUAUGCUGGUGGGUGAGAAUCUCUUGUACAUGAUAACAUUAUAGAUGUUGUGCAGAUCGCUGUAAUAUCAGCUCGAGGACACGAUACAAACGAAU